GUGUGUACACAUAUAUAUAUGGUUGGACCUGAAAUUGCCCCUUUAUAUUAGGAGACUUUGAAAGUUGCAAAAAUGGAGUGUCAAUUGUUACUCCCAACCAUCAGAAUGGGAGGCAAAGCUUUGUCUCUUCUCAGAACAACGAACCAUGGCGUCUUCAACUUGAGAAGAAGAAGCAGAUUUUCUAAAUCGUCUACACAGAAAUGGGUACGAAACUACUCGGUUCGGUCUGGUCUUGAGCCUCUUGAUGUGCCUCGUUUGGCUGAAACCGCUCGCAUCUCUCUCUCCCCAGAUGAGGUUGAAGAGUUUGCUCCCAAAAUUCGACAAGUACUAGACUGGUUUGGACAGCUUCAAGAGGUUGAUCUUCAGAGUAUCAAGCCAGUCAUCAGGGCAGAUACUGAAGGCCACAAUUUGCGUGAUGAUUUGCCUGAAACAUUUGAAAAUAGGGAGGCCAUGAUAUCUGCUGUUCCAAGCUAUGAGGAGCCAUACAUCAAAGUUCCCAAAGUCUUGAACAAGGAGUAAUACUGUUUUAGAAACACGAGAGGUGAAAUUGCAAGUCGGAUGCGCGACGCCUCAGGAAUGAUGCAAAGAAGAAAACUUUGCCUCACAGAUUAUUAUGUGGGGUUGAAAGUUGAAGUAUGCAGUGCAUGUAAUGCUUCAAAAUUACACUGUAGAGUUGUGCUGGAUGAAGUUUAUUGAACGAUCUCGAAACCCUUGAACUUAGAUGAUGAGAUUAGAUUGAACCACAUGUUAUACUUUUUAAUUAACUAGCCAUUCGGCUUAGAAGAAAAAUGAUUCUGCAUGACGGAUGACAUGAAAAUUGUCGGAAUGAGGCAUUUUACCACUAAUAAAGUCUUUCAGGUUUAAGUUGGA